AUGACGAAGAAUGGCAAAGACGGAGACGAAGUUAAAUGUCGAACAAUGGAUGAUAACGGCACUGGGACUGGAAGAACUGCCACUGACCCUGAAAAGAAGGGAUGCAAUUAUUUGCAUGCCGGAUUGAAAAAACUAUACACGAUGACGGCGACGUCGACGACGUCGGCGUCGACGACGCCGUCGUCAGGAACUGGUAGUCCUGUUUUGGACAACCCACUGUUGAAACAAACAGUGGGUUGUUUAUUACUUCACGCUUAUGCAAAACAUAUGAAAGGAACAUCAGCUUGUGUCAUUGAUUCUGGUAUAAAGAAGGCAUUUAAGGCAUUUAAUGAUAAUAAUACUACUUGCAAGGACAAUGGCACAAAACCUUGUGUUCCGUGUGAAUGGAAAGAAGACGAAUAUGACCAAUGCCAAAUUACCACAACUGGCUCAAAUGGCAGCAAUACAGAAAAUGCAAAGGACAAAUUAAAACAAGUUCAGGAAAACAUUAACAGCGCCUCAAAGAACAACCUAACGAAAAUAAAUGAAAUGUCCACUUUAUGCGAUUACAUUAGAUGUGUUGGACCCAAAUGGUUCAAAAACAACGCAACACUGAACGGGAAUAGUGUUACUGCAACCAAGGAUUGGUGUGACUUUUGGGAGAAGGAGGGAAUUAAAGCCAAACUGGAGGACAUGUUCAACAAGAUCGCCACAGACGCACAGAACGAAUCAGGGACAAUUAGAAUUGCCGCAACAUGCCGGAAUUUUGGUGAUGAAAAUCCACAAAGUGUUGAAAGAAAAGCUUGCAAUCAUAUCGCGGCUGGUUUAAAGUACAUUAAAGACCUUAAAGGGGACAAAAAUGGUAGUACCCAGCCAAAUGCAGAGGAUGAUGAUAAGUUUUUUAAACAAUCUAUGAUGUGCGCAGCACUUAAUCUUUACGCAACUAAAAUAAGAGAGUCAGCUGAUAAGAGUUGUCCCAUUGAUGAGAAAAGAAUAGACAAAAUGUUUAAAGAUUGGAAUAAUAUUAAUAAUUCUUCGUGUAAUGCUGUUCGUAGUGCUAGUAAUGCAGAUUGUUUUCUUUGCUCAAGGCAAAGCUCAGACUUUGAAAAAUGCAAACUAAGUGUUUCCAACACUUUGAUUAGUUCAACACAAAAUGGAGCUUGCAAUGCUAACGCAACUGAAGUAAAGAAAAAAAUGGAAGGUUUCCUCAACGAAGACCCAUCCCAAUCCCCAUCCAAAUCCAUCCCCAAAGUGAAGGAAACAUUAUCCACCAUAAAUGACAUGAGUAAGUCUUUCUGUACUCAACUCCAAUGUGCAGCAAAACAAUACCACAGUAGUAAAAAUAAUAGUGUGCAGCCAAAACCGCCCCUAUCAUGG